AUGGCGGCAGAGCAAAGAAAACUGCUUGAGCAGCUCAUGGGCGGUGGUAUAGCAGCGCGGUCCUCUCAGAUCUCCCUCACCGACCCAAAAGCCUGCCGGUCCUACAUCGCAGGCACGUGCCCGCACGACCUCUUCACCAACACCAAGCAGGACCUGGGCCCCUGCGCCAAGAUCCACUCCGAGGCGCUCAAGGCCGAGUACGAGGCCCUCCCCGAGGCGGAGCGGCGGCGCCACGGCUUCGAGUACGACUACAUGCGCGACCUGCAAAAGUAUAUUGAGGAGUGCAACCGACGCAUCGACGUCGCCCAGCGCCGGCUGGAGAAGACGCCCGACGAGAUCCGCCAGACCAACGUGCUGCUCAAGGCCAUCGGCGACCUGGCGGCCAGCAUCAGCAACGGCCUGCUCGAGGUCGAGGUCCUGGGCGAGCUGGGCGAGGUCGGCCGCGCCUACGACGAGUUCUUCCGCGUGCGCCAGGCCAUGCAGCAGAAGGUCGAGCGGGAGAAGGAGCUCAAGGCGCUGAGCGACACCAGCGGGCCCAGCGGCCACCAGAAGCUGCAGGUCUGCGACGUGUGCGGCGCGUACCUGUCGCGGCUUGAUAACGACAGAAGGCUGGCGGAUCACUUCUACGGGAAGAUGCACCUCGGCUAUGCACAGAUGCGCAAGACCUAUGAGUCCUUCCCCAAGGAAAUGAGGGGCCGAUCAAGAGGAUCGAUGAUGGGCGGCGGUGGUCCUAUGGGUGGCGGUGAUUGGGGUCGUGGACCAAGGGGCCCCCGUGGCGGUGGAGGGUACAGAGGAGGUCGUGGCCGGUUCCGUGGCGGCUGGUAG